AUGCCGAUUGUCGAAUAUGCAGAAGCAAUUUUGGAGGAUAAUGAAGAAGCAAUUUUAGAGGAUAAUGCAGAAGUAAUUUUAGAGGAUAAUGCAGGAGAAGUGAUCAAUAUAGAAGAAUACAAUGAAGCUGACUUCAUUAUCCCCGAAGAUGAAGAAUUGGCCAUCUGGGAGGAAAAUUAUGAUAAUGAAGAAGAACACGAACACGAAGCGCCGUAUGCUCCAAUUCCAGAAAAUAUAAUGGCAAAUCUUCCUCAGGUUAAUGAAGAUGAAAUUUGUGUGGUUUGUAGAGAUGGCCCAAGGACCCACGCAUUAAUACCUUGUGGUCAUAGAGUUCUAUGUAUUAAUUGCUUAUGGCAGUUAGAGCGACAAAGUUGUCCGUUAUGCAACAGCAACUUUACGUCUUUUUUAAGAAUCUGGUGA